GCUUCCCAUUCCCAAUAGUAGCGCUGUGGGUUCGGGUGCAGCGGCGGCUGCUCGGGGGGUCCGGCUGGUUUCCAUGCCCGGGCAUUGGCAGCAGUGAGAGGGCAGUGCCCCUAUGAGCAGGGCGGCACCCCGGGGCUAUGUUACGGGAGGAUGAGGCGGAUGGCACGAAGGCUGGCACUGUCCCUGGCAGGGCUGCUCUGGAUCGCGGCUCUCAUCUUCUUCUUCUUGGGGGGCAGAAGGAAGUUGGAAGCGGAGGAAUCCGAAGGGGAUCCGGCUAAGGAGGGAGACGUCGACUGGGAUGAUCUCUGGGACCAGUUUGAUGAGAGAAGAUAUUUAAACGCCCAGAAAUGGAGACCCGGGGAAGAUCCCUACAGACUUUAUGCUUUCAACCAGCGGGAAAGCGAGAGGAUCCCCAGUGACCGCGCCAUUAAGGACACCAGACACUACAGAUGUACAGAAUUGCACUACCAAUCCGAUCUUCCACCGACUAGCGUUAUAAUUACCUUUCACAAUGAAGCAAGAUCCACGCUCCUGAGAACCAUUAGGAGUGUACUAAACCGAACACCUAUGCACCUUAUCCAUGAAAUCCUACUAGUGGAUGACUUCAGUGAUAACUUGGACGACUGCCGGCUACUGAGCAAGUUGCCCAAAGUGAGAUGCCUGCGCAAUGAGCAAAGAGAAGGUCUGAUCCGAUCGCGGGUGAGAGGGGCCGGGGUGGCGCAGGCGGCGGUGCUCACGUUCCUAGACAGUCACUGUGAGGUCAAUAAGGAUUGGCUGCCGCCCCUACUGCACAGAAUCAAGGAGGAUCCGACUCGUGUGGUCAGUCCGGUCAUAGAUAUAAUCAAUUUGGACACAUUCGCUUAUAUCGCAGCUUCUUCGGACCUGAGAGGAGGGUUCGACUGGAGUCUGCACUUCAAGUGGGAGCAACUGUCAGCGGAGCAAAAAGCAAAACGAUUGGACCCCACGGAGCCCAUUAAGACUCCUGUUAUAGCCGGGGGCCUUUUUGUCAUCGAGAAGUCUUGGUUCAAUCACCUGGGCAAGUACGACACGGCCAUGGACAUCUGGGGUGGAGAGAACUUCGAGAUCUCGUUCCGCGUGUGGAUGUGCGGCGGCAGCCUGGAAAUAAUCCCCUGCAGCCGAGUGGGACACGUGUUCCGCAAGAAACAUCCCUAUGUCUUUCCAGAGGGCAACGCCAACACUUACAUUAAAAACACCAAGCGCACCGCGGAAGUAUGGAUGGACGAGUUCAAAAACCAUUAUUAUGCAGCGCGGCCGGCCGCCCAAGGGAGACCGUAUGGAGACAUCCAGAAGCGACUGUCACUCAGGAGAACGCUGAAGUGUCGCUCGUUCAAGUGGUACUUGGAGAACGUGUACCCGGAGCUCCAGAUCCCAGCCGAGUCCUUAUCCAAGUCCGGAAUCAUCCGGCAGAGACAGAGAUGCAUCGAGUCCCAGAAGACAGAAGGUCCGGAACCCCCGUCUCUCAAUUUAGUUCCGUGCAGCAGCCUUAAAGGGGUUUCGCCACAAUCUCAGGAAUGGGUUUAUACUCAGGUUCAGCAGAUCAGCCAGGGGCCACUCUGCAUGUCAGUGCACACGUUAUUCCCGGGGACACAAGUGGUUCUCUUGCCCUGCAGGGAAGGAGACGGCAAACAGAGAUGGAGCAAAGUGGGUUCCCAUAUAGAGCACAUGGCGUCUCGCUUCUGCCUGGAUACAGAUAUUAUAGGUGACACGGAGGAAAGCAGAGAAAUUGUGAUCAACCCCUGUGAGACCACGGCCAUCACUCAGCGCUGGGAGAUGGUCCUUCACGAUUUAAACUGAGGAGCCCAACAAGGGUGGGGAAACCCAAGAGCUUACAAUUCAAAGGAAAACUCAGGCGUGGGGGGAGGGGAGGAAGAAGGAGAAUCUAAAAGGAUAAAAUAACCAACGACCAAUUCUCCCUCUCUGGGUUCUAUAGAAAGUUCUGAUGAUGUUUUCAUGCCACUCGGCCAAUGAAAAGGGGCUAAGAGAAGCACAUGACUAGUGGGACAAGGUAGCGGACAUCAGCACAAAGGGUUAAAGAGUACUAUUGCCUUUACCCUCAUCAUUCCCGUUAUUUAGUUACUUUUCUAAUCUUUCUGUAGCCAGACGUAGUAGUUUACACCAAGCUGCCCGGCUUGGGGGACGGAAUUUCUCGCACUGAUGGGGGCGGAGCUUUAACCCUCCCAUUUCUAUGACUAGUGUUGAUUUGCCGAAUAUAAACGAUUAAGAUAUAUUUUCCUUGAUUAUUUAUGAAACUGAGAUGAUUAUACUAUGAAGGGGGAAGAUGAUUGGCUGUAGUAACCCAAUGCACUAAUGGGGGGCGCAGACUUUAUAAUUCUGUAUUUACCAAAGUUUUAUUAAACUGUUAAAGAAUUGAAAAUGCUGUAAAGAUUUGUUCUGAUAAACGCUGAAAAUAAAUCUACAUUUUUUAACAUAAAA